AUGGAGAAAUCUUGUGCAACUUCGAAUCGAGUUAAGCUUCGGGAUGGGAGACUAUUAGCUUAUAGAGAGGAAGGAGUUCCAAGGGAGGAAGCCAAAUACAAGAUCAUUCAUGUUCAUGGCUUUGGAAGCUCCAAAUAUUCUGAAUUCUCUGCCUCCAAAGAGCUGGUAAAAGAGCUUGGAGUGUAUAUUUUAUUCUACGACCGUUGUGGAUAUGGAGAAUCGGAUUCAAACGCAAAACGUUCGAUGAAAAGCGAAGUCGAUGACAUAGAAGAACUUGCGGAUCAGUUGGAGAUGGGACCCAAGUUUUACCUAAUUGGGAGUUCCAUGGGAUCUUACCCUACUUGGGGUUGCCUUAACCACAUACCUCACAGGCUAUCCGGAGUGGCUUUUGUUGCCCCGGCGGUGAAUUACCUAUGGCCGUCGAUUCCUGAGAAGCUUAUAAAGAAUGAUUACAGGAGAGUUCUUAUCAAGUGGUGUUUGUGGAUAUCGAAACAUGAUCACGGAAUGUUAGAUUGGUGGGUUAUUCAGAAGCUCUUCCUAGCUGCCUUCUUGGUCAUUGCAAGCAUUCAGGUCUACUUGAAUAGCCACGACAAUGAGGCACACAAGCGAACAAGCCAUAUUACCAUGCUUAACAAGGACAAGGUACCGGAAAGAAAUGAUUUGGAUACUUUAAGGGGGGAUUUGGCGACCUGUUACGGGCAAUGGGAUUUCGAUCCCGCGGAUCUAAGCAUUAGUCAAGAGAGCUGUGUUCAAAUCUGGCGUGGCAAGAAAGAAAAUGUAGUUCCUGUUCAGCUUCAAAGAUGGAUUAUGGAGAAGCAUCCUUUGAUCAGCUACUACGAAAUCCCUGGAGGCGGACAUAAGAUCAAGGACUACGAUGGCAUAUGCGAUUUGAUCCUACGCGCGCUAUUGCUAGGGGAAGAACAAAAUCUGGGUAAGUCAAUCAGAAACUGUCAUCAACGCUCGUAUCCGCCGAGAUUUCGAAGCACGACCUUGCCGAGAACGAAAGAGAUGAGUUACUUAGUCGAUGAGAUUGCGCCGAUUCUGGAAGAGAAUGCGGCCGAGACUCGUCGUAUGUUGGUGGAGUAUUGGGCUCAUGUGGCGAAAACCGAGGGUUUCGAUUUGGAGGAUAUGCCGCCAGUAAAGUGGCCUUAUAAUAAUGGAUUUUACAAUGGUGGAUUAAUGGCAAGUCACUGUGAUAAGAAGACUCCUUGUUCGGGCUUAGUCAUCCUUUACGCUAGGCUCGGGCUUCAUCGUUACCAUUUUCUGCAGGGGAAAAACAUGCAGCUGAGCUUCGUGAAGAAAUUCAAUUAUGAUGCAGGUAGUGCUGCUUCCUGUUACUACAUCACUUUGGUUGCAAAGGAUCCAGAUGAAUGUAAGGAUCAGAAUUUUCAAACUAGUGUGGACGAAGAUCGUUUUGGCAAAUUCGAUUUGGCAUCCUAUAUUGCUAGACCUCUAGGAACCAAGGACCCAUUCGUAGGUUGCGAUCACGGAGCAGUACUUGAUGAUUUCUACCUAGGUAGUUUGCCUGAGUUACCGCCAGGGAAUGAUUUCAGUGACAGGAACCGAUUCUACAUAGUGAAGGAAUCAGAGUUGCAAGUCCAUGAUUGGAUUCGUCUAUACUUGGAACUUGCAGUUGCCACAACUGAUAGGAGCACUGUCAAUCAUGAUCUGUCCGACUUGAAGAUUCUGGAAGUUGCCGUAGAAACUAAGGAAGAUGUGAAGCCCUCAAAGGAAAGACUCAACGCCAAAAAUGCAGUCUUUUACAUAAGUUACAAGGGCAAGCCUCGUAAUGGCAACCCUGCUAAUUGCAUAGCUAUAGUUAGGAGAACAUUUGAUGAGCGUGAGGGCUGCUUAAAUCUUGUUGGCAGUAGAACUCAGUAUGCAGAUAAUGGGGCUUUAAGUCAAAUGCAAGGUCAGGAAAUUCCAGUUUCACGGACUGUGUGA